AUGUCAUCUUUAUUAACAUCCGAGAGUUUACUCUUUGAGGAACAUAAGUUAAACGAAUUAUUUAGCAUUCAAGUGAAUUACAAUUUCGAGGCAUUGAAGUUAGUCAUUCAAAAAUUGCUGAGCAGUAAUCAUAACUAAUAAAAGCAGAUUGAUGCUAUUGUCAGCUCCAUAACUAACAAUACUCCCUUAAAUUUGCCUAAAGCAGGUGGGCCUGGCUCAAGUCAAGAUUAAGUUAAUGAGCAUGCUGUUCUCAUCAGAUAGCUUAGAGAUAUCUUCGUAAAAAAUAGGGAGGAACAAGAAAAGAAAAACUCUACUUUCCAAGAUGUUCUGAAUCUUCACAACCUAAGUUUAUAAGAUAUUGAGCAGUAACUGAAAUCACUAAAAGAAGUGAUUACAACAAAAAUACCCUCGAUUGAUAAGAAUGCUUCUUAUGCAGUGAAGACUGUCAACAAUCUCAAAAAUCAAAGUAACAAAAUAAAUCUUUAGGUUUUAUUAGUGUCUCAACUAAAGGGAGCUUUGGCACCUGAUAUGGAGAUGAGAGAUGAUGAUAAUAUGUCUCAAGCGAUUUCCUAAUAGCAAGAUAUUCUAUAAGAUCAAAUAGACAAAAUGAAUACUUAAAUUGAUGACCUUACUAGAGAACUGUUGAGAAGACUAAAGGAUGAGGAACUUAAUCGAUCAAAACACGAUUAAUCACUAGAACUUGAAAUUUCUAAAGUUAAUGAGAGAAUCCAAGAGAUUACUGAUAAAAUUUAAGCUGGAAUUAUUGGAAAUGGUAAUACCACCAAUUAAGCAGCUUAAAAAGUAAAAGUAAAGCCACAAACUUCAGGCAAUUAAAGAAAUCCAAAAGACCUUGGGGAUGAAGAAAGUGAUGAUCAACUUAAAAAGACUCAAGAAAGGAAUCCUUUAGAUAAGGAAUUCUAAACUCAAGAUAACUAUUUUAAACUCUCCCCUGAUCAAGUUUACAGUUAUGUUCGAAAAUAAGUACAGAAACUCAAAAGAAAUAUCUAAGAAAAUCUGGAUGUCCAUCUCUAAGCCCAAAAUGAGAACAAUCAAAAGUUCUCUGAUUUAAGAAAGCUGAUUAAUGAUCUGAAUAUCAAUUUGAAUCAUUAGCUUAACGAAUAAUAACAACAAAAUAAUGCUAAAUUAUAGGAAGAAAUAGUAAGGCUAAUGGAGGAAAUUGGAAAGAAGGCAGACUAAGUUGAAGUGGAUAAAUUCUAUGAUGUGCAUAAUAACUUUGAGUAGAGAAUAUCACCACUUGAAUCAAUGAAACUAAUGAUGGAAAUGGCUCAAGUCACUUAAGAGGAAAGAAUUAAUACUUUAAAGUUUAAGAUGGAGGCGUUUGAUCAUAAGAUGGGAUUAGUCUUAUCUAAACUAGCAGUAUUAUCCAAUGGCACAUUGGAUAAGAGUCUCACUCAAAGUAUUGAAGAAAUUGCUAUGUAAAAAAGGUAAAUUGAAGAAAAUAUGAGUACCUCUGUUGGAGGAGGAGGCGGAGGAGCUGGAAACCGAGAACUUACUGAUAAGGUUUAAAGGUGUUACCAUUAACUUGAGGAACUAAAGAAGUCCUAUUUCAAAAAGAUGAAGGAUGUUGAUUCAUAGCUAUCUUAAAAAGCAACUAAAGAGCAGCUUAGCGCUACAGAGAACAUUCUUGAAUUGACUUUUGGAUAGUUAGGUGAUAAAUUUGCUGCUAAAAAUCAGACAUCAGAGUCAUUAUUUAAACUCAAAUCAUAAAUGAAAUCUAUCUUUGAAUUGCUGCUCAGCAGUGGUGUCAUUAAUUUAAAUGAAGAGGAUUAGAAUGAAGAUCAUGCUAUGUUUUCAAAGAAGCAACUUAAUCCAUUAACUUGUGCUUCUUGCGAAGGCAAGAUCAAGAAUCUCUCAUAAAAACCUGGGGGAUACACUCAAUGGAAUAGAAUGCCAUUUAGAGACCCUAUGGAUAGACUGCCUAGAGCAGGUUAAGGUUUCUCUAAGAUACUUCAAAGUAUCAAAACACCUCGAGAUGUUUAAUGGGAAGAUGAUCAUUAACACAUUUAGUUGGUCAAUCCACCUACAUUGAACCAAAACUUCUAGCAUUAAGCUCAUUCUUUGACUAAAACUAAACUCUCUAAAUCGCAUAUGCUAAUACCCUAACCCAUUUAGAAUGAUAGUCUUUAGCAGUAGCAGAUACAGCAAUAGUAGCACAAUCUAGACUUAAAUUUACUACCUAAAAUUACUACUCCAAGAAAAAAUGACUGA